UAAGCUUUUGCAAUUCAUAAACCCAGAGAUGAGCUUUAAUCAAGCUAAGGCGAGCAGUAACAGAGCAUAUAAAUAGAGAAGAGAAGAGAGGUCCCUAGGGUUUCAGCCGACGCAUUUCUCUUACCUCACUAUCAUGUACGGAGAUGAAUGUUCUCCAAGCUAGAAAGGGCUCUACGAGUCUUUUCUUCUUCACUCUUCUUUUCUAACGCAGCACAACGAACGACGUCGCUUCGUCAGCUCCAUUUCUUCGGCUCCGCUCAGCAGGACCAGAAAUUAUGAAUGUUACUCAAGAAGAUAUCACAAAAGGGAUGCAGGAAUUGAAUUUUAAAGCGAUGGCACUCUCUUUUCCUCAAGAAAUCAUACAUGAGAUCCUACUUAGGCUACCCGUUAAAUCUUUGAUCAAGUGCACCUCAGUGUGCAAGGCAUGGAGGUCCAUGAUCAUGAACAAAAGCUUUAUCCGCGCCCACAUCAGCCAAAUUAAUAACAUGAAUGACAGUCACCUCUUCCUAGUCCACAGGGUUUCUGGUAGGGAGAGCUCCACUAGCAGCCACAGAGCCAACGUAAGCGAAGUAACAGAAGAGGUUUAUUCUCUGCAUUAUGAUAACCAGGCUUUUGAUGAGUACGCCAAGAUAGAAUUUCCAAUUGCUCCAAAGCAAGAAGUGCUCAAUGAACAUCUUCGUGUGGUUGGCACUUGUGACGGGCUAAUCUGCCUUGCGGAUGAUAUGCCCUGUUAUUGUUACAACUUCUUUAUAUGGAAUCCAGCCAUUAGAAAGUUAGUCACCCUUCCCAGGCCUGGUAUUACCUUUAGGACACAUGGUGGGUACGAUGCUUCUAUUGGGUUCGGUUUUGAUGCUAAUACCAAUGACUAUAAGAUUGUGCGAGUUGUAACUUUACAGCAUGAAGGUGUGGGGCCAACUCUUGCUGAGGUUUAUUCACUAGCUACUGGCUCAUGGACCAGUGUUGGUUCUGUUACUCCUUCAUGUCAAUUAAUUCGGGCAUCCCAAGCUUUUGUUAAUGGGGCUCUUCACUGGCCUGCACGCCGUUGGACAGAUUAUGGCUCAAACUAUUUUAUCUUGACAUUUGAGGUGGGCAGUAAGUUAUUUCACGAGAUACAGGUGCCAAAGAGUUUAAUAAAAUAUAAUUACCACCUGGGAUUAUGGUUGUCUAUUUCAGGAGAUGGAAAAUCCAUUGCUCUGUUCUCGAUGGAUAACAGAUGUGAAGACUCUUUUCUUGAAAUAUGGGUGAUGAAAGAGUAUGGCAUGGAGGAGUCAUGGACCAAAUUGGUUACUCUUGGUCCACAAGGGCCAGAAAGACUUCUACCCAGGGCGUCAUGUUUUAGGAAGAACGGUGAAGUGUUAUUGAUACUUUCUGGAGCUAGGGAAGCAUUUUCUAUGGGUUCAAUACUUAGUAAUCAAUAUACUUUUUAUGGGCACCGCACAAAAUCAAAUCACGAGUUAGUAUCGCUAGACCAUGUGAGCAAAACCAUUAAAAAUCUUGGGAUUUCUGGAGAAGGAUAUCAAUAUUGCAACGUCGAUUCCUACAAAGAGAGCCUUGUCUUAUCUGACCAGACAGGUGCAGUUUCGUACUAAGAGAAAGAACAGAUUUGUAGUGCCGCAACUUCGUUUUCCUUAAGUGCCUGAAAUGAUGGUGCAUUUUGUUCACAUGGAACUUCUUAUCUCAAGUUCUGAUACAUUUUCCCGAGUAGUUUUUACUUUUUAUAAAUGUAGUUUUUGAAAAAAUUGGAUCGACCUAUGGAAUUAUGCACCUGUUAAAUAUCUGAAUUGGUUAUGCAGUUCUAAACUAUGUACCUCUUUCUAUGGAAUCAUCAUCUAUCAAAUGAUUUUGCAA